AGAGUACGUACACACGCGCGCACACAACAUCUGGGAGCCAUGCAAUCCUCAACCCUCUAUCUCCAUAAGCAUCCCCAGCUGCCGGAAUCCGGCCGGUUUCUGGCCAAUCAAGUCAAGUUUCCGACAACCUGCGUCAGUUUCCGGCGACACCUAAUCUCAGCUGUAGCGUCUCCGCCGGCCCCGACCCGGCACGUGAUCACGCACUCAAUGCCACCAGAGAAGGUCGAGCUGUUCAAAUCGCUGGAAGGGUGGGCCACACAAGCGGUUCUACCCUUCCUGAAGCCGGUCGAGCAGUGCUGGCAGCCGCAGGAUUUCUUGCCGGACCCGGCGUUGCCGACGGAUCAGUUCCAAGAAGAGGUGCGGGCCCUACGGGCCCGAUCAGCGGAAUUGCCGGACGAGUACUUCGUGGUGCUGGUGGGCGACAUGAUCACGGAAGAGGCGUUGCCCACGUACCAAACCAUGAUCAACACGCUCGAUGGAGUCCGGGACGAGACCGGCGCGAGCGCUGGUCCGUGGGCGGUGUGGACCCGGGCUUGGACGGCUGAGGAGAACCGGCACGGUGAUCUGCUCGGGAAGUAUCUCUACCUGUCGGGGCGUGUGGACAUGCGCAUGGUGGAACGCACCGUACAGUACCUCAUUGGAGCCGGCAUGGACCCCGGCACGGAGAACAACCCGUACCUUGGAUACGUCUACACAUCGUUCCAAGAACGGGCGACCUUCAUUUCACAUGGCAACACGGCUCGCUUGGCCAAGGAGGGAGGGGACCCCAUCUUAGCACGUGUGUGUGGCACGAUCGCAGCCGACGAAAAGCGCCACGAGAACGCGUACUCGAAGAUCGUUGAGAAGCUGCUUGAAGUGGACCCCACGGGCGCCAUGAUCGCGAUUGAGGACAUGAUGCGGAAGAAGAUCACAAUGCCGGCCCACCUCAUGCACGACGGGCGCGACCCACAGCUAUUCGAGCACUUCUCGGCCGUGGCCCAGCGGCUCGGCGUCUACACUGCCAAGGAUUACGCCGACAUACUCGAAUUCCUGGUUGGCCGGUGGAAGCUCGAGAAGCUCGAGGGGUUAACCGGCGCCGGACGGCGUGCGCAGGACUAUGUCUGCGGGCUGGCUCCGAGGAUACGCAAGCUGCAGGAGAGAGCCGAUGAGCGGGCCCGGCAGGCGGGGCCCCACCACGCUCGGUUUAGCUGGAUCUUUGAUAGGGAGGUCACAUUGUAGUAAGCACGUGUGCAUGUGCACAUGGAUAUGCACACGUGCAUAUGCAUGGUUGGGGAAAUGGCUAAGCAAAUGAAAGUAUGUAUUUAGGUUUUAUAAGCUGCAAUGUAGAUGGAUUUUGGUAGGGACGCAUGCAAUCUUGUAAUUCUUAAUACCCAAUUGAGGAGAGUGGGGGGUGUACAAAGGGGGCCCACGGUUCGGUGAUCCAGAUCAUUGGUCUGUUGGGCCCCACUGUGAUGGGUGAUGCCACAAAAACCUUCUUAAAUUUGAAGACCUUGGCUACAAAUGUUGGGCUCCUUACAAGUUGAA